GACGCUACCAAACACGUAGCUGCCGAUAACUGACAUAAAAAUCACACUUCUACAUAUACUGUGCGGGCUGCUUUUGGUUUAUUUAAUCGUGUACAAGGUGCUCAUGAGGACAGCGACGCUCUCACGCUGUUAACUACAAGAAUAUCCACGGGAGAGUCAGUUAGCUGCAGGAGUUAGCCCGCAGCUAACGCUCCUACACACGAUUACAGUCAAGAUGAGUUUGAGAAAGCAGACGCCGAGUGACUUUCUGAAGCAGAUCAUUGGGAGACCUGUGGUCGUCAAACUGAACUCUGGUGUGGAUUACAGAGGUGUCCUGGCCUGCCUGGAUGGUUACAUGAACAUUGCCAUAGAGCAGACUGAAGAGUACGUCAAUGGACAGCUCAAGAACAAGUAUGGAGAUGCUUUUCUGAGAGGAAACAAUGUCCUGUACAUCAGCACCCAGAAGAGGAAAGUGUAGCGAAGAACAUUCUGUGCUUUUAUUUUUUUCUGGUGUUUGAUGUGUCAGUGGACAUCUGCCCUAUGUUUUUUUCUUCUUUUUUUUUUUUGGUUGUGUAAAGCCUGAAGUCAUGGAAGAAUGUUUUGUUUUUUGUAAAAGUGGAAUAAGUUAAUAAAUCCUGAGUUUUGAUUUA